AUGUUGGCGAGCUGCUCGAAAAGUUUGCCGAGAGGUCAAAAUUUGGGCAUCUCGACGUGUUCGCCGGAUUUGAAAGGUCCGCGCAAUUACGUGAAUCGAAGGACCGGACGCGGUUCGGGCUACGGGGUCCUGCCGCGAUUCGAAUGGCGAUAUGAGAGAGCGACGGGAAGGAAUUUUCAAAAAUCGUUCGGAUUGCGAUUCGGAUUCGAUAUGGGUCUCGAAGAUCGAUUGUUGCUUUCGUCGUUGGCGAAUAAGCAGAGAAGAUUGGAUGGCAAGAAGAUGAAGCAGCUCGCGACGAUUCUCGAGGAGCGCAUUUCGGAGGUGAUGUCGACGGAUGAGACGUUGGCGUGUUUGGCGCUUCAGCUCACCAAAGUCACCGUCGACAAAUGGUUUUCGGUGGUGAAUGUGCAUUGGAUGUGUCGCGGCGACGGCGAUGACUAUGUGAAGCGAACGUUGGAUGAAGCCCGACAUCAGCUGAGGCGAAAGACUGGUGAAAUUAUUGGAAUCACGUGUCCCGAGAUUCGAUUCAUUGGCGAUCGUACGAAUUUAAUGGAACUGGAAAUGGACAAUUUGUUCAGAAACGCCGAUUAUGGAGUUGAUUAUCGGACGUUGAGUCGGAGUGCGAGAGUUCUUGGGAAUGCAAAGCCCGACGAUGAGCAGAAAACUGGAAGCGCCAGGAAAGUGAUGAAGAAUUUUGCGGAUUUUGAGUUUAUGAAUGCUCCGCAUAAAGUUGCGGCUGAUAAUAACGUUGAAACGAGCCGCGGAUGGUGGUUUUCGAAUGAGGAGACGAUGAGCUUUUCGUCGCGAGAGCCCACAAAUAUUGCGAUUGGAUUCGACGAAUCGAUCGCCGAAGUUUUGAAGUUUAUUGAGCAAAACGGCCCAUUUGAUGGUUUAAUGGGAUUUAGUCAAGGCGCUUCGAUGGCUCAUUUGCUCAUUGCCAAGGCGCAACUUGGCGAGAUUGAUCUGAAAGGCAUUCGAUUUGCGAUAUUCUUCUCGGGAUUCUUGAGUCUCUCGACGAUGCAUGACAAUCUGACGCAAUUGAGAAUCGUUGAUCUACCAUCGCUUCAUCUAUACGGAAACGCUGAUGAGAUUGUGGCGAGCUCGAAAAGUGAGCUGUUGGCGGAUCGCUUCGAAAUUCCGGCGAUUCGAAUCAAUCACGAAGGCGGCCAUUUUGUGCCGACACUAUCGAAACAGCGAGCAAUUGUGAAUGAGUUUUUGCAACGAAUUUGUAAUAAUAAGAAAUAG